CGGCACUUUAUGUCUCUGUCUGUGUCUUAGCUCUGCAUCUUCACCACAACCUUGUUCAACUUCAACUACGCGUUUUCUCUUAGAUCCGAUACUUGGUGUUUUUUUCACUUCACUACCAAUUUUCAAGACGCAUUUCCAGAUUUCCUACGUUAUUUUUUGUGGGUUUUCGAUUGUAACAUAGUUGUUGUAACCUAGUACGUGUUCCUGUCUUUUUUUCCUUAUUUUUCAAUCAAAACAGCUUUAUUGUUCGUUUAACUUAUAUGGGUCGUGUUUUUUUUUUUUUUAUUGAGUUAUGUUCUAUCUAGAAUUUAAAGUUUUCAUCUUUUGAUUUUUUUUUCUUGUUGCGGAUUUGGGUUUUUCUUUCAUUUUGAUUAUACCCUUUUGAAGUGAGAGUUUGGUGAUCUGGAUUUGGGUUAAGAGAUUAUUUGGAGGGUUUUUAUGCUUUGGUUGCAGAGAUGAGUCAUGAUCAGAGAAAAAAGUCAUCUGUGGAUGUAGAUUUCUUUACCGAGUAUGGUGAAGGGAGCAGAUACAAAAUAGAGGAAGUGAUUGGUAAAGGAAGCUAUGGUGUUGUUUGUUCAGCAUAUGAUACACAUACUGGAGAAAAGGUUGCUAUAAAGAAAAUCAAUGACAUAUUUGAACAUGUAUCUGAUGCCACUCGCAUUCUUCGCGAGAUUAAGCUUCUUAGACUUUUACGCCAUCCGGAUAUUGUGGAGAUCAAGCAUAUUUUGUUACCUCCUUCAAGAAGAGAAUUCAAAGAUAUAUAUGUUGUAUUUGAACUCAUGGAAUCUGAUUUACAUCAGGUCAUCAAAGCAAAUGAUGAUCUGACACCAGAGCAUUACCAGUUUUUCCUCUAUCAGCUUCUACGAGGCUUGAAGUAUAUACACACAGCAAAUGUUUUUCACCGAGAUUUAAAGCCGAAAAACAUUUUGGCGAAUGCUGACUGCAAAUUGAAGAUUUGCGACUUUGGUCUUGCCCGAGUAGCUUUUAAUGAUACACCCACUGCUAUAUUCUGGACAGAUUAUGUUGCAACGAGGUGGUAUAGAGCUCCCGAAUUGUGUGGGUCCUUUUUCUCCAAGUAUACACCAGCUAUAGAUAUAUGGAGCAUCGGUUGCAUUUUCGCAGAACUUUUAACUGGAAAACCUCUUUUCCCUGGGAAGAAUGUUGUCCAUCAGCUGGAUAUCAUGACUGAUUUUCUUGGAACACCAUCCCCUGAUGCCAUUGCAAGGGUACGGAAUGAGAAAGCUCGGAGAUACUUGAGCAGCAUGCGUAAGAAGAAGCCAGUUCCUUUCUCGCACAAAUUUCCUAAUGCAGAUCCCCUUGCUCUUCGGCUGUUAGAAAGAAUGCUGGCAUUUGAGGCUAAGGAUCGGCCUACUGCUGAAGAGGCCCUAGCAGAUCCAUAUUUCAAAGGAUUGGCCAAGGUUGAGAGAGAACCUUCUGCUCAGCCAGUUACUAAGAUGGAAUUUGAAUUUGAGAGGCGGAGGAUAACAAAGGAAGAUGUACGAGAGCUUAUAUACCGAGAAAUAUUGGAAUACCAUCCAAAGAUGUUAAAGGAGUUUCUAGAGGGAGCAGAGCCAACGGGUUUCAUGUAUCCAAGUGCUGUGGACCUUUUCAAGAAGCAAUUUGCAUAUCUUGAGGAGCAUUAUGGCAAAGGAGGAACUGUUGCUCCACCUGAGAGGCAACACGCUUCUUCACUGCCGAGAGCGUGUGUGUUGUAUUCUGAUAACACGAUGCAGAAUACGGCUGAGGUUGCUGAUGAUCUAUCCAAAUGUUGCAUCAAAGAAGUUGAGAGACCACCUGUAGAUAGGAGUAGCGAUAUUCAUCCGAUGACCCGGAUUCCAUUACAAGCUCCUCAAAAUAUGCAAGGUCUUGCUGCAAGGCCUGGAAAAGUUGUUGGUUCUGCGAUGCGUUACAACAACUGUGGGGUGGCAGUGACUGCAGAAACCGAACAGCGGAGGGUGGUUAGGAAUCCACCCGUUUCAUCUCAGUAUGCUGCUUCGAGCUGUUCGUAUCCCAGGAGAAAUCCAAACUAUAAAAGUGAAAGGGUAGAAGAUGAUGUGAUUGAAGGUUCAAAUGGGCUGCAGCCAAAACCUCAAUACAUAGCAAGAAAAGUUGCUGCUGCUCAAGGCGGAGCAGGUGGUCAGUGGUAUUGAUUUUUGACAUGACAUUGAAUAUAUAUAUGUGGCCGAAAACUGCUUUGUGCCAUGAUGGUCUUGAUACAUGGAUAUCAUGCGCUACACCUGAUCUUGACCUUCCGAACUUCAAAAAUUGAAGUGGCAUAACCUUGAAAAUGAUCAACGUAAGGUAGAGCUUGAUUAAGAGACUCACUUGUAAAAAACAAGUAACUAGAAGUGUGACCCGCCCGGUCCAGUUGAUGAUUUUCUUACACUCUACUCUAAUUUGUUAAACUACAGAAGCACAUUAGACCUGAUAACUCAUGAACUUGAAGCUAGAGCGUCUGCUUCAAUGCAGAAUUGAAGUUGUUACUUUAUCUUGGGUACAAUUAUAAAGUUAAUGUAUUUUAAAAGAGAUUGAUUUGUCGUCAAAAAGUUACACCUUUUCUCUACGAGUAACUUAUUUUGGUAUUAACAAACAAGAGAUCGAAUAAGUGCGUAAAUAAUUCUAA